AUGCUGGACGAGCGCAAGACAGGCGUCACGGCCGACUUAUCGCUGAAGAACAUCUCCGUCGUGGGCGGGUGCGCCGUGGUACAGGCGGUGGUAACGGCGGUGAGCCUAGGCGAGGCGGAAUUCGUGCAGGCGAUUUACCGAGACACGUACCUUGCCAAGCGGGCGGUGGCACUCGACGUACCGCGCUCCAAGCUGCCGUUCUACCCACUGGACAAGCAAACCAAAACGUUGCUGCGACAGAUGCCGUCGGCGAUGUGGGUGGUGUCAACCAGCGCGGCCCACGGGGAGGAUCUGGCGAUGACGGCGACGUCCGUCACGGUGCCUGCGGCGGCGCGCGGGAUGAUAUGCUUCAAUGUGGGGCACUCGAGCGCGUUCUACGCGGGGCUCGGCGGGGUCGGGGCGGGCGUGAGGCUGUUCGCGCUUUCGACAAGGCAGAAGGACAUUGCCGAGCGGUACGUGACGAGGGCUGCGUUGGGGAAGGAGGAUAGGACACGGGUGGAGGAAGAGUGCAUGGUGGCGGCAAGUUGCACGAUUGAGCAUACCGAGGAUGUGCAGGACCAUCACAUUGUUUUGACGAAGAUUGACGGCGUCAAGGUGCCGGAGAAGGACGAGGAGGGGUUGAUGCCUUUGGUUUGGCAACACGGAAAGUUGAUCACGGAAAGUUGA